AUGAGUGAUAUAGCUUUUUUAAAAAGAAAAUUUGAAAGUUUGAGUAUAGUAGAUGAAGAAGCACCAAAAAUUUCCAAAAAGAAUUUUAUCUAAGAUGGUGAAUUGUAUAUUUUGGGCUAAAAAAUCUCCUCCAUCAAUCUGGUUGCACCUCUUUAAAAUAUUAUUAAUAAGCCAGAUAUUAUUUCAACUUGUUUGACAUUGAUAGCAAAAGAUAAAUAUAAUCCUUUUCUAUAUAUUGAUAGGCCAAUAAAAAAAGCCAAUGAUGAGUAAUUAUGA